CACUUGCCUUAGGCUCGCCAGUCACCUGGUGCGGAUCUUGCCCGCUGCACGUGCCCGAGCACCGAACACUAGACGUCGAUCGUAGUUCGAACGUUCGAUCACCGAUCGCCGACCGCGAUGUCGAACGCGCGCCUAAACGGUCCAUUCGACUGAAUUAACGCUUUGGGCGCAACACGCAUUGUUUUUCAGACCCUUAAAUUUUCCAGUGGACUCAAGUGCUGUGCUUUUAGUGUUGUUACUUUUUGAGGCAAUUUAUUUUUGUGUAUAACGGGAAUGUUUUUUUACGUAUGCGACAAUACAUAAUCUUGAAUUAUAAAAAAAAAUGUGAUUGAGUGAAAGUAUUUCAAGAAAGGUCUAUAAAUGAGAAUCAACAUGUGCAGCAAGGAGCAAAUCAACCAUAUCCUCGGGAAGAUCAAUGUGGGUCUGCCGUCGUGGUCACGCGGCGUGGAGGUGGCGGAGGCGGCGCGCGCGCGCCUUGUGCGCUGGGCGUGCGGCGAGCCCCCCGCCGAGCCGGACCCCCCGCGCAAGAAGAUGCCGCACGCGCUGCGGAGGAGGUGGCCCCUGUGCCCUUGUUUGCAGAAUGACGAACCCCCCGAGAUCACAUACUGCGUGGUGGGGGGCGAGGGUGGUCUGGCGCUGCAGGCGGUCACCCCGACCCACCCGAUGCCGCCCCAGGACGAGCUCGACGCCAAGUUCGCCGAGCUGGUGGAGGAACUGGAUCUCACAGCAGCGAACAAAGCGGCGAUGAUGGCGUUACCAGCGGCUAAGAAGUGGCAGAUCUACUGCAGCCGACGGCCGCCGCCGGGCGCCGCGCCUCAUCUGGCCACAGCGCCGCAGGUCGAGGAGUACAUCAAGGCGCUUAACGAGAUCGCUGACGCGUUCGCCUCUUCAGACAGCACGCUGCCAACAGAAGCAAGUGGACUGGUCGACGGAUUAAAGACUGCUCUCCGGACGCGGGCGCACAGCUUCGUCCUAAGGUUCAUCAAGCAAGGUGGACUCGGAUCCUUACUAGAUGCCUUGCAGAAGGCGCCUCGAGACGAUGCAGCCACGAGGCACAACCUCAUUGCGGCGAUAAAAGCUCUUAUGAACAACUCGACCGGUCGGGCGCACGUUCUGGCACACCCCACGAGCAUCGAUCUGAUCGCACAGUCGCUUGAUACCGAGAACGUAAAGACCAAGGUGGCGGCGCUAGAGAUCCUCGGCGCCGUGUGUCUUGUACCAGGAGGACAUAAGAAGGUGCUAGAAGCAAUGGUGCACUACCAAAAAUACGCGGGAGAGCGCGCUCGCUUCCAAGGCAUCGUGAAUGAGUUGGACAGGAGUACGGGAGCAUACCGCGACGACCUAGGGCUCAAGACGGCCAUCAUGUCGUUCGUGAAUGCGGUGCUCAACUACGGGCCUGGGGAAGAGAGCCUCGAGUUCAGGUUGCAUCUGAGAUACGAGCUGCUCAUGUUGGGUAUACAACCAGUGAUAGAAAAACUUCGCAAAUACGAAAACGAAACCCUGGACCGGCACAUCGAGUUCUUCGAGAUGGUGCGCAACGAGGACGAGCGCGAGCUGGCGCGGCGGUUCGACCGCGAGCACGUCGACACCAAGAGCGCCGGCGCCAUGUUCGAGCUGCUGCGGCGCAAGGUCAGCCACACCGCCGCCUACCCGCACGUGCUGUCCAUGCUGCAGCACCUGCUGCUGUUGCCGCUGGAGUACAACCCUCAGUCGCAGCACUGGUUGCUGCUGGACCGCGUGGUGCAGCAGGUGGUGCUGCAGCAGCCGGCGGCCGGCAGCCGCGCCAGCAGCGACCACGGCAGCGACCGCGGCAGCGAGCGCGGCACCAACACCGACACCACCAAGAUUUACGACCCAGAUGUAGCACCUUUAGAGAUCAACGUCGCUGAGAUCGUGCAUCUCCUGGCGAAGGAGGAAGAGCUCGUCGCUGCCAGAACGAAGGCUGAGAACUUGGAGCGGGAGAACAUUGACCUCGCCACAGAACUCGCUAAGAAGGAGAAGCAGGUGGACCAGCAGAGCCAGGAGCGCGAGGAGCUGGAGGGCGUGGUGGCGCGGCUCAAGGAGCGGCUGGAGCGCGAGACCGCCGCGCACAUGGAGUGCAGCGAGCGCGUGCGCGCCGCCGCCGCGCGCGCGCACGCGCUCGACCAGCAGCUUAAUCAAGAGAGAGCGGAACGAGCGAGGUUCGAGAAACUAGUCAGCGAGGGAAGCAUACCUGAUGAUGCUAAGGUCAGCAACUUGAAGAGCGCAGUGAUCGAAACAUGCUCGGUGCCUCCUCCGCCCCCGCCGCCGGCGCUGUGUCCCCCGCCGUUGCCUCCCACCGCGCCUCCUGCGCCUGCGCCACCUCCAGCACCACUCGCCCCCAUGGCACCACUCGCACCAGCAGCCCCGAAGCCCAAAAAGAACGUGCCUACUCCCGGUAACCCACUGAAGAGCUUUAACUGGAAUAAGCUGCCAGACACCAAGCUGCACGGAACGAUCUGGCAAGAGCUUGAUGAUACGAAGCUGUACAAUACGAUGGACCUGCACACUAUUGACAAGAUGUUCUGCGCUUAUCAGAAGAAUGGCGUUCAGAACGAAGGUUCCGUAGAAGAUCUCCGGCAAUUGGGCCAGAAGCCUCGCACGAAGAUCCUGACCGUCAUCGACGGCCGACGAGCUCAGAACUGCACCAUUCUCCUGUCCAAGUUGAAGAUGACUGACGAGGAGAUUUGCAGGGCAAUCCUACGCAUGGACACGGCUGAGCAGCUGCCGAUCGACAUGGUGGAACAGUUGCUGAAGUUCACUCCGAGUGCUGAGGAGGCGGCCCUACUCGAGGAGCAUCAAGACGAGCUCGACAGCAUGGCGAGGGCUGACAGGUUCCUGUACGAAAUAUCCAAGAUCCCGCACUGGUCGCAGCGCGUGCGCACGCUGCUGUUCAAGAAGAAGUUCGCGGCGGCGGCGGCGGAGGCGCGCGCGCGCGCGGCUGCGGUGCUGCGCGCGGCGCGCGAGCUGCCUCGCUCGCGGCGCCUGCGCGCGCUGCUGGAGCUGGUGCUGGCGCUCGGCAACUACAUGAACCGCGGCGCGCGCGGCAACGCCUCGGGCUUCCGCCUCUCCUCGCUCAACAAGCUCGCCGACACCAAGUCCAGCGUCACGCGCAACACCACGCUGCUGCACUACCUCGUCGAGAUACUCGAGACACAGUUCAAAGACGUUCUCCUGAUCGAAGAGGAUCUACCUCACGUGCGAGCAGCCGCGAAGGUCUGCGUGGAACAGCUGGAGAAGGAUGUUGGGGCACUGCGCAGUGGCCUGAGGGAGGUGGCGCGGGAACUCGACUACCACGCGUCCCUCUCGCCCCCCCCUCCCGGCGACUGCUUCGUGCCCGUCAUGAGGGACUUCCACGCGCACGCCGUCUGCACCUUCACGCAACUGGAGGAUCUGUUCCAGGACAUGAAGAGCCGCCUGGAAGCGUGCGCACACGCGUUCGGCGAAGAGCCGAGCACGUCGCCCGAGCAGCUGUUCGGCGCCAUGGACGCGUUCCUGGCGCAGCUGGCCGAGGCGCGCGCCGAGUGCGACGCGGCGCGGCGCCGGCGCGACGACGAGGAGCGCCGCACCCGCCACGAGCAGGAGCUCAAGAAGCGCACAAUGGAGCGCAAACAAUCUAGCCUCCUCGGCUCAGUGGGGAAGUCCCUAGGUAAAGCGAACGGCGACUGCAAUGGCCACUCGAACGAUAGCUCUCGCGACGGCACCCUCACUAACGGACAGAAGGGAGAGUUCGACGAUCUCAUCUCAGCGCUUAGAACCGGCGACGUCUUCGGAGAUGAUGUGGCCAAAUUCAAAAGGUCGAGGAAAACAUCAAAAAUCAACCAGAAAGGCAGGGAUUCCCCGCCCAGAGGCGUCUGCAGAGAAGACUCCCGAGAGAGACAGAAGAACUGAAACAAUGUCUCUCGAAAACAGUGACUUAUCUAAUCAAUGUUAAAAGCAAACAGCUUUUAAAGUAGAAUGCAUGUAAAGAUCUAGUAUCUAAGAUCAGCCUGGCUCUGAAGCCUAGGGUUCUAAAGAAAGUGAGGCGUAAAUCUAUUUCAGUGGAUUAUCUACUCGGACAAAGCAUAAGCAAGAUAGAGAUCAAAGGGGAUCAUCCAUCUUCAGUGUAUCGAAACAUGCAGAAAGAACUGGAAUAUGGAAGACUGCUUUUCCUUACAGUGGAUCUUCUACUGGAACUAAACGUUUAGAAGCAUGAUACACGCUUUCUAAGGUAGUUCUGACGAAUCGAUAACAAUCGUCACAAUAGAUAUCGAUAGUUUUUAUCGAUGUGAUGCUAUAUCGGUGUUUAGUGUAAUUUAUAGAAAUUAUAUAUGAAGAAUAGAAAGGUGUUAAAAGAAAUGAGACUCAGUGAUGUGGCCGUUUGAUUUUCGUGUAUUUCGUUUUCGAUAAAGUUUGUGUUUAUCGAUAAUGUGUUUAUUAAUUAACUUGAUUUAUUUAAUGUGACAACGAACUCUCCGCUGCCAUUUUUUGAUGAUUUUAAGGGCAUUUCGCUUCGAUCACAAACGUAUGGUGCCUAAUUUUUGAACAUAAUUCUUAAUGUUUUUUAUUAGGUUGUAAGAUCGGUGCGUGAGUGUACCCUGUGUACAUCAGCUUAUCAAGCUGUCAUCUAUCGAUAACAUCGACAUUUUUGUCGACAAUAAUGUAACCAUGCAUCCCAACGAUUGACGAAUAUUUGUGUAAAUAUGAGAGUUGAGUCUUUAAUUGACUAAAAAUUCGACAAAAAUGUCGUAUAUAGGGUGCUUCAAAAAUAUUAUUUUCAAAAUUUCUCUAUCUACAUUCGGUAAAUUAUAUAAUUAUUGUAUAAUUAAAUCCUAAAUUACUUCCUGUAAGUGCUGUUCGAAACUUUUACAUUGUAUCACCUUUUAUAAGUGUCGAAACUAAAUUCGUUUUUCCAUACUAUCGACUGAUGUAGUCAAAGACUGUGCAUGUUAUUCCAUAGACGAUUUAUGAUUUAGAUUAAAAAUUGUAUCGAUAAGCGUUGUGUGAUUUGAAUAACCAUAGACUAACGCGUAAGUAAUUUUUAUGGAAUAUAAUAUCUGUGGAAUUAUUUUUCCGUCGUGAAGCCGUCAUGACACGUUUUAACGUUCGAAAAUGCCAUAAAUAUAUUUAUUUGAAUUUUAUAAAUACUUUACAUCUUUUUACAGAAAGACAAGGUGCUCAAAUUUAUUGUAUAUCCUGUAGUUUGUUUUACGAAAUAUCUUAACUGUGCAUAUAUCAGAAUACUUUUAUUCCAAACAAAGUUCAUUAAUUCAAACAAAUUUCAAUCAUUGAAUUUGAUAUCCAACUAAUUCCUUAUUUUUUCCCCAUUGUAAAGUAAACAAAAAGGUUGAUUUGUGGAAUGACGGCUUAACACGUUCUAAUCAUUUCUGACAUAUCCCAUGUAUUUAUAGUCAGCGUCUUGCUUCAAUGUGACUGUCGUGGUUUCAUAUUUGAAAAAUACCGAUUUACGAAACUGAUGCAUUUAAGGCAUAUUCUGAGGUACUGAUAGCACAAAAUCCGUUAAAUUAGGAUUUAAGAAAAACAGGCUAAUAAAAAUUCAAAACAUAAUACAAAUUAUUUUAGAUAAAACAUCAAAAAGCCAUUGUUCCUUAGAAUAUUCACAAACGUUUAAUGACGUCUAUAGUCUUGACCACGAAUAGUAUAAAACUACCAGAAUAGUAUGAAACUGCGACAGUAGUAAAACAUGGCCAACGACCGAUUAUUCGAAUAAAUGUAAAUCGGAAUUGACACAUUUAUUAAAAAAUACCUAUAGAUUAGGAAUUGAUAGCAACAUUUACAAUACAGUUUUGGAUGUUUGUAACUUAUAUCGCAUGGAUUAGAAACUUUUUGAUAAAUUUUACAUUUUAUACCUAAUUUAUUCAGUUUGAUUGUAAAUAUAAUUUUAAUUUCGAUUGGUUACCGACGGACGUCACGGCGUGUUAGCGAGCUGGUCAUUUGUAAAUGUUUAUUGUUUUGUUCAGUAUUUCUAAGGCAUAUAGUAUAUGGAUAUUAUUAUCUAUUAACAAUAUUUAAAUUAAAAUCUUUCAAACGGUA